UUUGCUCUGCUCCAGACAAAGCGUCACCUAGCAACUAAGCGAAGUAUAAAUUAUUCAUGAGGUGACGUCAUCCCGCACGGCACGUUCUUCUACAGGCGUGUGACAUCAGCACGGGUGAGGCCGGUUUGAACGAGACAGAAAAAGAACGAUGGCAGUGAAUGUUUAUUCCACGUCAGUAACCAGUGACAAUCUAAGUCGUCAUGACAUGCUUGCUUGGAUUAAUGAGUCCCUACAGCUCAACCUGACCAAGAUAGAGCAUCUGUGUUCAGGUAGCAUGUAUUGUCAAUUUAUGGAUAUGUUGUUUCCUGGAUCAGUCACAUUAAAGAAGGUGAAAUUUCAAGCCAAACUUGAACACGAGUACAUCCAGAACUUCAAAGUGCUACAAGCCGGCUUCAAGAAAAUGGGUGUGGACAAAAUAAUUCCAGUGGACAAAUUGGUGAAGGGAAAGUUCCAGGACAACUUUGAAUUUGUACAGUGGUUUAAAAAGUUUUUUGAUGCAAACUAUGAUGGCAAAGACUAUGAUCCAAUUGCUGCUAGACAAGGACACGAGUCCGCCCCUGCCCCAGUCCUCCCCACUCCAGUCAUGAACAAACCCAAGAAGCCGAUGGGAACUACAAAUUCUGCUCCACAGAGAGCCGUACAAGCCCAGAGGACCGCGGUAGCAAGCAAACCUGCCCAGGGAGUUGCCAGAAAGCCUGCUGCCAUGGGCAAUGGUGAAGAGGAAUCUGCAGAAAUAAUUCAACAGAUGAACGUCUUGAAAAUCACAGUUGAAGACUUAGAGAAAGAAAGAGACUUUUAUUUCGGCAAGCUAAGGAAUAUUGAACUGAUCUGCCAAGAGAACGAAGGAGAGAGUGACCCUGUCCUGCAGAAGAUCAUAGAGAUUCUUUAUGCCACAGAUGAUGGCUUUGUCAUACCAGAUGAAGGCGCACCCCCGGAGGACCAGGAAGAAUAUUAACGGCACUCUCGUACCAUGCAGUCAUUUCCAGAAAAACAUUUUUUUUUUUUUGUUUCCCUCCCAAAUCAUGUGCUUAACUGUAAAAUAUCCCUUUUAUUCUCAGAGGGCUGGCUCAGCGCCUCACUUUUUGAAAGUGUACUUUGCCAAAGUUUCACUCAUUUUACAGUGGUUUAACCUUGGAGAUGUCUCAUUUUGUAGCAAAGAAGUAUUGUUUUUUUUGAACAUUUUUGAGGACUUGAGAAGGUUCAUAUGUUGCAGAAAAGAAUGUUUUAAAUUGAUUGUCGCUAAAUGAAACGUGGGGUUGGGCAAACGACAAAAACGUAUUGAAAGUCUUGUAUUCGUUGUAAUGAGAUUAAAUCUAGUGAACAAGAGUUGAAAAUGCCUUAAGAAGUUUACACGUGCUUUCAUAUCGAAGCCCAAGAAACUAUAACCCUGGCGGCAUGAGCGAGUUGCGUGCUCGUUGUGAAGCUGGUGUGCGUUCUUCUUAAUCGUUUAAAGGCGUUUUCCUGGCUCCUCAUAUUGUUGACUGAGUGGAACAGGAAGCAGAGCUCUGUUCAAAGUGUGGUGGUCUUGUCCGGUUACUGCAGCUUGGCUCCCAUUCAUUUUGGUGACAGCUAAGCUGCAGUAACCCAGCACGGCCACUACGCUUUGAACGGAGCUGUGCUUCCUUUUCUAUUCAAAGUGUCAGUGCCAGCUCCAGAGGCUGCAGAGAACAGCUGAUCUGUGGGGGUGCAGGUGUCAGAUCCUCACCAAUCGGAUAUUAAGGACCUAUCGUGAGGAUAAGUUAUCAGGAGCCUGGAAAACACCCUUUAAUGCAUGCAAAAGUAUUGAGACAGCUCCCCCACCAAUGUGCUGCUCUCAGAUGCUGUGGGAAAUGGAUUUGUGCAUCUGCCUCUACCUCUUGCAUCCUAUUGCUCUCUACUUUAGAUGGCAUUGUUGCAUGAAGACCCCUUUGGCGGCCUCGAGGGUAACGGAAGUUUAAAAAUAAAUAUAUAUAUAUCCAGGA